AUGCCUGAUCCCAUGGAUCCCGAGUCGUCCGACAGCGAUGUCUCUGUAGGUGGUGGGGAUGAAUAUAGGGUCGCCAGUCCCCUGACGGCUCCAAUCCCACUGCCUCCUCCGGCGUCGAAGCACGCUCUGGAAUCACCGGACGCCGUCCAGGCCCGGCUUGACGAAUUGCAGCGCGUCGAGGACCACAACGUCAAGAAGUAUGACCUCCUCAGGGCUAAGCGCACUCGCAAGGACGAAAAAAUCCGCCGCCGCCGUGAAGUUCAGGACCAGAAAUGGGCUGCCAUCAUGGACGCGCGUCGACGUAGAGACGCAAGAAUUGAAGCCCGGCGUCGGAGAGAAGACGCUGCAUUCUCUCAGUUUGAUCAUGAGCUGGAAGAGGAAGAGGGCAAUCUUCGACGUCGUCUGAAGCGACUUAAGCGAGGAUUACCGCCCGAUGAGUCUCCUAAGCCAGGCGGCCGAAGCAUAUCUUCAUCGUCAAUGUCUCCGCCAGGACCAGCGCUCUCAACACUACCACCUCCCCCCAAACGCCAUCAGGUCGGGCCUCCUGGGCAGCCAGAUGCCAUCAAUCCAUCUCAGUCGAGGCCAUCGCCGCAGUCCAACUUCCCUAUCCCAACCAAGAGCACGUUGCCACCGCCUGCACCUGCUUCGUCUUAUGCCUUUGCCCGGGAUUACAGCUCUUCAUAUCCACGACCAUACCACCACUCACCCUAUUCCACUACCCCGACCAAUGCUUCCCCAACGAUAUCCAACAAUGGGCCCAGCCAUGUUUCACAGCCAUCUUCUGAUCGGAUACAGUUCAACCAUCUAGGCAGGCCAGCCUCUCCUCUUUCGAGAGCACUUCCUGGGACGGUUCCCAGUAACCAAUCACCUGUCACUCCAGCCGUAAACCCCAACCCUCCGAGACAAAUAUACGAUACACGGCCACCACCCACUACCACCUCGUCUGGGUUUGCUUCCGUCAACGCCCCGCCACCGCCACCACCCGCAUCGGGGUUCGCCACCAUUAAUGCUCGCACCACCGAUACACCGCCCGCCUCACACGCGCCUCUGUCCAGGCCACCGAACGAUGUGGAUGGCAACAGAACGCCGAAUCAUACAACCAAUGGGAUGGAGAACAAUCGCUUCCACCCGUACUCAGGAGCGCUGGCCAGCGCUGCGGUCACUCCUACUGGUGGUACCAGCACGAAACGUACCCCUUCGACCACCCAUCCAUACCAGAUGUCUGAGGCGUUCGCCAAUCGGCAUCAUCACUGUGAAAGGGUGGACGGCCUCAACCGUGGCAUCUGGACGUCUUACGGCAUCGGAGGCACUGCUGACAACCCCACAGGCCCAGCAGUCGAGAUGUACUUGCGGUGUAAUCACGACGGUUGUGCUCGUAUCGACUGGCGUACAGUGCACGGUCUCCAAUGCCAUAUUGUAAAGAAUCACGAGCAACCAAAGGGCACGAUCGGUAGCCUUGAGAAGGCGCUCGAGAGAUAUGGCGUCCCCGUGAAAGAGGUGGAAGACUUCGAGCGCGAGCAUGGAAAAGGCACGGCCGGGACCAUGGCAGAUCCUAAGAACCUGAAAAUGAAGCUCAAGACUAAAAUCCAAGACUUCAGCAGACGGGGCACCCCAGGUCCUUACGGAGUCGAUCCGGAUGCGAGACCUGCUGGGUACAGACCGAGUCCAGCCGCGACGGACGACAGCCCUACAACGUCCGAUGGUGUCAAACAGAGCCCAGAAACACGCACGACCAAUGGCCACCACACUAGUGCCUCGACUGCUGAUGCUGGGAGACAAUCAGCCCCUCAAACGGCCUCCACGUCCCCAGCAAACGCCUUUACUGCGGUCCGACCGAGCUGGAUAGAUGUUACUACCCCGCUAGCAAUAGCGGCCAAGGUUGAGGCAGAACCGAAGAGACUGCAGGGUGAUUUCGGCAUGUCCGCUGCUGCGAAUGAUGAACAGGCACAGGCUCAGCAGACAGGUGUCUUGAAUGCAGAGAAUCUUUCCACCACCUCAACAACUGUCCCACCGACCUCUCCUCGACCUGAGAACCCGGCGACGGCAACAACCGACGGCACGCCAUCCUUAGCCACCAUUCCUCACCCACCUGUACCUGUUGCAGCGUCGGAGCCGGUCACCUCUCUGGAUCAGCCACAAGCCCAGCCUGCCAAUAACGAGGACAGAAAGCCGCUUGGUGACCCGCCCUCCCUUCACGAGCAAGUUGAGCCCAAGACAGAGGAUGGGGACGUGGAGAUGGACGAAAUGGACGAGCAGAGCAAGGAGAAAGAAGAAACGAAUGGCUUAAAUGGCGAGUCCAGAUUAGAGGAUAAGCCCGAAGCAGAGAAGGCGGUGCAGCCUCAGGAGAAGCCAGAGAGCCGAUCCGACACGAUUGAGAUCGACAUGAAUACCGGCAAAGACACCAGUGGGCCGACCACAAGACGGUCCACCAUGCAGUCUCCGUCCAUCACCACGAGAUCACUCGCUGCUACCACACCUGGGAGCGCAAGACGAUCCACUCGCCGCUCUAGUGCGGCACAGAAAUCUGUGGAUGUCGAUGGCGAAGCUGGCAAAGCUGCACCUACCAGUGAGGAUGGUGACAAGGAUGAUGGAGAUGGCAAGGAUGAGAAAACCGAAAAACCUGAACCGCGACGAUCACUGACUGGACGGGUGCUCCGACGGGGGACGAGGUACUAG